GAAUCAGUAAUUUACAAAAAAAUCUUGCGUCAUUUGUUAUUUUUUAAAUUUUUAAUUUUUCGCGCUAAAAUUUUUGGCACCGAACCGUCCAAAUUGUUGGACACUCAAAAUUUCGCACUGAAAAGUCUUUGAUAUGUACUUUUACUAUAAAAGCCCAAUUUUAUCUCACUCAUUCUCCCUCCUCUCAAUUGUGAUUAAAACCUUGUUCGUCUUCUUAAAUAUUUAUGUUCGCUUUUGCUGCAGGGUGCAUCCCGUUAUUGUUUCAUUUAUUUCUCCUUUCAUCCUCCCAAGUCAGCACGGUUGUGAACUACAAUGUAAACAACAACAACAACAGUACCGAGCCUGUCUUAACUACAGGAUCUUCAAGUUCUGUUGAUGGUGGUAUUCAAAGUACUACGACUGAAGGAGAAGAAGAAGUCACAACCAAAACAACUACAACAAUCGAGCAAGAAGAAACCCAAGAAACAAGUGAAGAAAGUUAUGGGCCUACUAUGGCGAUAGAUGAAGUGCCGUAUACAGAAGAUCCUUGGGAUAAAGGAGUGACACUACCUUAUACACCAAAAAAGGGUAUAGCGACGAGUACAGUGAUAUUGGCUGCAAUCUGUAUAGCACUUCUGAUCUCAAUCUGCAAUGUUUACUGUUUUGGGAAGACUCGCGGCUAUAUUUAACUAUGGGAUUUGAAGAAAUGAUGUUGCUCUUAUGGUGUGAUUAUUAGAAAAUAGAGAAGAAUGUAUAGACUUUAGUGUCCAAAAAUCUUUGUGCCAUAUAAUCGUUUCCUUUAUAUUUUUUGGGUUUUGUGCAAUAAAUAUUUUU